AUGGCGAAGUUGGCCGGUGACGAACCCGUCCAGGUGAUCAAGAAAGGUCCAAAGAGACCAUACAUCACCACUGAGAUCGAUGAGAAGUCCGUUAAGGAGACGGAAUUGGUGCAGAAUGACUACUUAUUUAUCUUCAUUGCAAGUGCCAUCUCCAUGGGUCUUAAGCUGUAUUCGAUCAGUGAUCCUUCCUUGGUCGUGUACGAGGAGGUCACCACGCUGAAGCACAUCAACAGCUACAUCCAUGGUGUGUACUUCAACGGCGUUGCGCCGCCAUUGGCGGACCUCAUCUACACCUUCAUCGCAUACAUCCUGGGGUACCGUGGUGAUGAUGAGGUGCCAGACGCUACUGUCGCCGUCCACGCAGUGACUUCGUUCCCAUUCGUCGCCUUGAGAGCCGUCACGGUGCUCUUCUCCACUGUCCAUGUGGCGGUGGCCUACCUCACCCUGAGAUCUUGCACGGUGAAGCCAGUGGUGGCUCUCGUCACGUGUCUCCUCCUCGCCAUGGAGAACCUGUUCAUAUUGGACUCAAGAUUGAUUAUACCUGACACGCUCUUUCUGCUGGGACUGUCGUUGACCGUGCUCUCUGCUAAGAGACUCACCAACUCUGAGCCUUUCUCCAGACUGUGGUUCAAGAACUUGAUUCUGACGGGGUUGGCCAUGGGUCUUUCUGCCUCGACAAAGUGGAUUGGCUUUGCCACCAUCGCCUACGUCCUGGCGCUUGCCCUGCUGAAAGUAUGGCUCAUCCUCGGUGAUGUUGAGGUCUCAAACUGCAAGGUGACGAAGCACGUCACCUCCAGGGCUUUGGCGUUCCUCGUGGUGCCAGCAGUGGUUUACUUCUUGACCUUUGUCGUCCAUAUCGAGCUUCUUACCCAGUUCAACAGAGACGCUGCGCUCUUGCCGUCACACUACCAAAGAGACCUUAUUGGCAAUGGCAUCUCAGACAUCCCAAAGUACGUCACUUACGGCUCCAGGGUGACAAUAAGACACAAGGAAUCCCUCGGCGGCUACCUCCAUUCGCAUAAGUACAACCUGAGAACCGGCUCCAAGAACCAGCAGGUCACCGUGUACGACUACCAGGAGUUCAACAACGAGUGGAUCGUGGUUCCGUUCCGCCAGCCGCCUGCCAAUGACCCGAGGGUCAAGCGUGAUGCCUCCGUGUUCCUGAGACACGCAGCUACCGGUGCCAUGCUCAGGGUUGAUCCAAAGCUGAAGCCUCCAGUGUCUGAGCAGGACUACAACAGAGAGGUGAGUUGCUUUGGGAACUCGACUUACCAAGGCAACGAGACCGAGACUCUCAAGCUGAAGUGGGACCAGGCGAAUGGCCAGUACCUCACGGCGGUAGACACCGAGUUCACCAUCGUCAACCCUAAGAAGUCGUGCACCAUACUGAGCCACGACUUGAAGCUUCCAAGCUGGGGUUAUAACCAGCAAGAGGUGCUCUGUAUUGAAUCUCCAAACGCUGAGCGUGCCAAAUUCAUCGUUGAAAGUGUCAAAUACCCAGCUGACUUCAACACGAGCAUCUUGAAUGAGCUGGAUGAGAAGCUGGAGCACCGUCCACUCUCCAUCUUUGGUAAAUUCCUCGUCUUGACCAGAAUUGCUGUCCGCUUGAUCCAGAGAAUCGAAGUGCCUAACGACUUCCUGGGGGUUGCAAAGAAAUGGCCAAUGUUGUUGACUGGAGCCGCUUUGGUCAGCACUAGCGACAUAACCGUGCUUGCUCUUGGAAACCCAGUCACCUUCUACUUGUCUCUUGUGCUCAUCCUGGUUGCGCUGGCUAUAUCACUGAUCAGUGUAGUCCGUGGGGACUGCACAAGAUCUCUCUUGAACUACAGGGCCAAUGCCUUGGGCUUUGUUGCUGGUUGGGCCUUCCACUUCCUGCCAUACGUGUACUUUGAGGGCAACUACCACCUGACAGACUAUGCGCCUGCUCUGUACUUUGGUGUCCUGCUGAUCGGCGUCACUCUCCAGUACUCAUUGGACAAGAACAGGAACUUUGGUACUGCGCUGAUGAUCAUCACGCUGGUGUCGAUGUAUUACAUGUUCCUGAAGGUUAUGAGUGUGGUCUAUGGAACUACACUAAAGCAUACAUGA